AUGAUCGGGCCCCGGGCCGCCGCCCUGCUAUGGGCGCUCCUGGUGGGUUGGCACGCGAUCCCUGCCGCAGCGGACAAGCCGAGCAUCACCCUGAACUUCGUGGAGUGCGUCAAAUCCCCCGACUGGACCCCACCCGCCGACAUUAUCACAUGCACCGCCAGCGUGACGGUCUCCGAGUUGCCCAAGGACACCUACUGGAUCGACUUUGUCUUGGGUCACUCCCUGGGCCAGGUCAGCUUCACACCCAAGCAGCUGACCACCUUCCACACCUGGAACAGUACCGGGACCUCCGCCGACGGCACCGCCUGCGCAUGGUUUGAGGCGGUGGAUGGGUCAACCUACCGCUCCACAAUGAUAUUCAUCAGCCCUUUCACGAGCCCACCCCCUCCCCAUCCAUCCCCACCUCCCAUCCCACCACCGCCUCCUGCUCCUUCGCCCCCUCCCCCCACCGAAAUCAUGUUCAACUCCGCCCUUUGCCACAAGGUGUACACUGAGAGGAUCGAAUGCAAUGUCACCGUGACCUUCCUGACAAUGCCCACAGAAGUGUGGCUCUGGUUCGACAUGGCGGAUGGCUCAAAGUCGCAGCAAACGCAGCCUACCAACAAGUUGACGAUGACAUACACCAUGGUCUUCGUGGCGUUCACUACUUCUGGGACAGUCUCAGCCACGGUCAUGUUUCCUAAGGGCCCUCUGGGUGCUGGCCCAUUCACCAUCGGCGACUUCACAAUCUCACCCCCUCCCCUACCACCCUCUCCGCCCCCCUCCCCGCCCCCCUCCCCGCCGCCUCCGAUCCCCUUUGCGCUGAGCAAUGCCAUGUGCGAGCAGCAGGAGCCCAAGCUGUACGAGUGCCAGGUACAGGUGACCAUCGGGAGCCUGAUGGCUCUCAUCACCGUCACCUACAACGUCGGAAACCCCUGA